UUUCAUUCUUCUCCUUCUCUUAUUUUUCCCUUCCUUCCUUCGUUCUUUCUUGUUGUUUUUGCUGCUGGUUCUGUUGCCAUUGCUAUUAACUAUUCAUUCUGUGACCCUCUGAAUCAGAAAGCCCCCCAACUCUUCACCAAUCUCCAUGCUACUUUCCCACUUUCCUCCAUUUCUUUAUCAUUAUUAUUAAUUAUUCACACACUAUAAUAAUAACAACAUAACAUCCCUCCUUCCCUCUUCAAUUUUUGACUAAUUUAAUAAUACUUCCGCUUAAAUUAAAUUUAAAAAAUAAUAUCUGAGGGGUGAUUGGAAAUGAUUCUGCUGGUUCCCUGAACCCUGAUGAAUCCAUACAUCUCUCUUUGCAUUUUAACGGCUUGAUCUCUCCCUCGUUUUCCACCCCAAACACACACGCAUUUUCAUGCUCUCUCUCUCUCUCUCUCUCUCUAAAAGAAUGCAGAGCUGACUGAAACACUGAACAGUACGAAACUCAUCAACACAAACAAACACCACUCCUUCUUCUUUCUUUGUCUCAAUGGUGGAAUGACCAUCAUGACCCUGCUUCUGCCGUGACGAACAUGGGAUGCGGAGGCUCCAAGGUGGACCACCUCCCACUCGUCACUCUCUGCAGAGAACGACGGGACUUCCUCAGAGCCGCUUCCGACCACCGCUACGCCCUCGCCGCUGCUCACGUCGCCUAUUUCCACUCCCUCAGAGACAUCGGCGAAGCGCUACGUAAAUUCGCCGACCACGACCUCGUCUUCGCCACCGCCUCCGCCUCCGUCACCGGCUCCUCCCCCUCCUCUCUCAGCUCCCCAGUCCUCACAUUGCCCUCCGACCAAGGAAAACCCUCUAAAAAUACAAAAACCAAAACCAAAAACAAAAUCAGGGCCUCAACUUCUUCAACUUCCAUUUCGCAUGGCGGCGAUGCUUCCGGGAGCGACGAGAUCGACGGUGGGUCACACAUACACCUGUCCGAUUCAGAUUCCGAAUUGCGCUCUUCUUCUUCGGGUCACAUCCACAUCGAAGAGGAAGAGCACGAUAUUGAAGAAGAUGACGAAGAAGCACCACCACCUUACGGGUACGGAUAUUACCAUGAUCAUGAACCACAAGAUUGGGGGCACAAUCCACAAGGGGAAGGGUAUAAUAGUAAUCAUACAUAUGCUUUCUACAUGAAGAGAACCGCGCCUCCUGGAAGAUCCAUGAUCUACGAAGAGCCACAGACCCGUGUUGCAGAGUCGGGUCAAUGGCCCGACCCGCAAAAUAGUUAUGGUGGAUACGGGUUUGGUUACAAUGGUGGUGCUGGUGGUUAUUUUGGGUUUCCGAGCGGUUCUUCUCCGCCGCCUCCGGGGGCGGAGUAUUCUUACUACGGUCAACAGAGGACAGCUUCGCCGGCGGCGCCUCCGCCGCCUCCGGCACCCCCAUCUCCGCCGAGGGUUUCAGCAUGGGAUUUUUUGAAUGUGUUUGAUAGUUAUGACAAUGGUUACUCGGAAUUGGAAGAUGAGACUGAGCAAGAAGUGCUGAAGGAGGUUCUCCAGAACCACAGGGAGAAGGAGAAGAAGAAGAUAUUGAAUGAGGAAAAAGCACCACCAAUGCAAAACCACCAACAACAAAAACAACAUUUUAGGGAGAGGGAUUUUGGAGAAGGUACCUCAAAUUCAAAGGCAGUGCCAGUAUCAAUGCCCCAACAACGAAAACAACAAAGGAAAAAUGGUGAGGGGAGUUCCAAUAAGACCGUGAGGUUCCAUGGAAGUAGUGAUGAUAGUGGUGGUGGUUCUGGUUCCCUUCAUGAGAAGGAGAUUAAGACUAGCAGCAGCCCUGACACCAUUGUUUCUAGGAGCUCCCCUGAGGAGGAGGAGGAGGAUGGGGAGCGGUUAGGAAGGAAGAAAGGGGUGACUUUUGAGGUAGAAGCAACCGUCUCGGCAGUUGAUGGGGGUGAUUCUUCUUCAAAAGUGAGUAGCUUGACCACUUUGUCUCCUCAUGGAACCAGGGAUUUAAAAGAGGUUGUUCAGGAAAUCAGGGAUGAGUUUGAGACUGCCUCUAAUGUUGGGAAGGAGGUUGCACUUCUUCUUGAGGCUUGCAAGCCACCUUAUCGGUCCAGGGUUGCUCCAUUCAAAGGUAUCAAUGUGAUUCUAGACUACGAAACUCAUCAACACAAACAAACACCACUCCUUCUUCUUUCUUUGUCUCAAUGGUGGAAUGACCAUCAUGACCCUGCUUCUGCCGUGACGAACAUGGGAUGCGGAGGCUCCAAGGUGGACCACCUCCCACUCGUCACUCUCUGCAGAGAACGACGGGACUUCCUCAGAGCCGCUUCCGACCACCGCUACGCCCUCGCCGCUGCUCACGUCGCCUAUUUCCACUCCCUCAGAGACAUCGGCGAAGCGCUACGUAAAUUCGCCGACCACGACCUCGUCUUCGCCACCGCCUCCGCCUCCGUCACCGGCUCCUCCCCCUCCUCUCUCAGCUCCCCAGUCCUCACAUUGCCCUCCGACCAAGGAAAACCCUCUAAAAAUACAAAAACCAAAACCAAAAACAAAAUCAGGGCCUCAACUUCUUCAACUUCCAUUUCGCAUGGCGGCGAUGCUUCCGGGAGCGACGAGAUCGACGGUGGGUCACACAUACACCUGUCCGAUUCAGAUUCCGAAUUGCGCUCUUCUUCUUCGGGUCACAUCCACAUCGAAGAGGAAGAGCACGAUAUUGAAGAAGAUGACGAAGAAGCACCACCACCUUACGGGUACGGAUAUUACCAUGAUCAUGAACCACAAGAUUGGGGGCACAAUCCACAAGGGGAAGGGUAUAAUAGUAAUCAUACAUAUGCUUUCUACAUGAAGAGAACCGCGCCUCCUGGAAGAUCCAUGAUCUACGAAGAGCCACAGACCCGUGUUGCAGAGUCGGGUCAAUGGCCCGACCCGCAAAAUAGUUAUGGUGGAUACGGGUUUGGUUACAAUGGUGGUGCUGGUGGUUAUUUUGGGUUUCUUCUUCUCUCUUCUCCGCCGCCUCCGGGGGCGGAGUAUUCUUACUACGUUAUGACAAUGGUUACUCGGGUUAUCUAUCUGAUUCCAGAAUUGGAAGAUGAGACUGAGCAAGAAGUGCUGAAGGAGGUUCUCCAGAACCACAGGGAGAAGGAGAAGAAGAAGAUAUUGAAUGAGGAAAAAGCACCACCAAUGCAAAACCACCAACAACAAAAACAACAUUUUAGGGAGAGGGAUUUUGGAGAAGGUACCUCAAAUUCAAAGGCAGUGCCAGUAUCAAUGCCCCAACAACGAAAACAACAAAGGAAAAAUGGUGAGGGGAGUUCCAAUAAGACCGUGAGGUUCCAUGGAAGUAGUGAUGAUAGUGGUGGUGGUUCUGGUUCCCUUCAUGAGAAGGAGAUUAAGACUAGCAGCAGCCCUGACACCAUUGUUUCUAGGAGCUCCCCUGAGGAGGAGGAGGAGGAUGGGGAGCGGUUAGGAAGGAAGAAAGGGGUGACUUUUGAGGUAGAAGCAACCGUCUCGGCAGUUGAUGGGGGUGAUUCUUCUUCAAAAGUGAGUAGCUUGACCACUUUGUCUCCUCAUGGAACCAGGGAUUUAAAAGAGGUUGUUCAGGAAAUCAGGGAUGAGUUUGAGACUGCCUCUAAUGUUGGGAAGGAGGUUGCACUUCUUCUUGAGGCUUGCAAGCCACCUUAUCGGUCCAGGGUUGCUCCAUUCAAAGUUAUGUUUUCCAGAAUCGUACAUUCAUUGGCACCUUCUAGGUUACCGUCCCAUCCUCCAUCUAGGCCUCCAGUGCAGUUAUCUUCUAGGGCAAUGAAAAUGGCAAAAGCAUAUUGUGGUGAACCUGGGAGAGAGUUCAAUACAAAUCCUUUAAACCUUUCAUCUACUUUGGAGAAACUUUAUGCAUGGGAGAAGAAACUGUAUAAGGAAGUUAAGGAUGAAGAGAGGUUACGAUCUAUUUAUGAGAAACAAUGCAAGAGGCUGAAAACAUUGGAUAAUCGAGGAGCUGAAUCUACUAAAAUUGAUGCUACUGAGGCAUCAAUAAAAAAGUUGCUGACAAAAAUAAAUAUUUCCAUCAGAACUGUGGAAGCCAUAUCAUUGCGGAUACACAAAUUGAGGGAUGAUGAAUUGCAGCCUCAACUUGCAGCUUUGAUUACUGGAUUGACAAGAAUGUGGAAAUUCAUGCUCAAAUGCCAUGAGAAACAGUUCCAAGCUAUCAUGGAGAGUAAAACUCACUCUCUUAAAAUUAACACUGGUUUACAAAGAGACGAAAGUUUGAAGGCCAUCCUAGAACUUGAAAAGGAGCUUCUAAAUUGGUGCAGUCAGUUCAACAAUUGGGUCAAGAUGCAAAAAUCAUAUGUUGAAAAUCUGAACGAGUGGCUCAGAAGGUGCCUUCUCGAUGAACCUGAAGAAACCGCUGAUGGUGUUGUCCCCUUCUCUCCUAGUCGAAUUGGAGCUCCGCCAGUUUUUGUGAUCUGCAAUGAUUGGCAUCAAGCAAUGAAUAGAAUAUCAGAAAGGGGGGUGGCAGAUGCCAUGCAUGAAUUUGCCCAAAGACUACAUGAGCUAUGGGAGAAGCAAGACGAGGCGCAACGUCAGAGAAUCAAAGCAGAGUAUCUGAAGAAAGAUUUUGAGAUGCAGCUUCGAACCUUGCGCAGGGAAAUGGGAGAUACAGAACAUGUGCAUGAUAGAGUUUCGCAGAAGACAGCACUGUCAAAGGGUCAUUCUGAAAGUGGUGUUUCACCACUAGAUGAUCUAAAAGUGGAUCUAGAUUCUAUGAAGAAGAGAUUGCAUGAAGAGAGAGCAAGGCAUAAAGAAGCCAUCAAGCAGGCCCGCGAUGCAGCUUCUAAUAGUUUACAAGCAGGUUUAAUUCCCAUAUUUAAGACAUUAGAAAGUUUCACUUCAGAGGUGGUGAAGGCUCAUGAGCAAGUCAGGCUUCAAAACACUAAAGCCUCGUAAUAGAGAUGCUAGCUGUCUUGUUUUGAUUUUAUGGCUUGAGAUUGCAUUUACCCAAGUGUGGAUCGAAUGAAGGAGUUUAGAGAGCAUGGGAUCUAUUAUGCAUCGGAGAUUUAGCACUAACCACCAUUUUUGCAGCUAGAAUUAAUGUUGUACCGUAGGGAAGUGCCUCUUGAAAUAUACCAUACAAGAGGUUCUAUCUUAGAAUAACUUUCAGCAACAAAGGUUUGGGGUGCCUCAAUGUUCAGGAAGUAGUUAUCUUAAAUCAUGUCCUGUAACACACUUCAUCCUACAGUUAGGUAAAAUUUUGUACAGAAAAAUUCAUUUAUUGGUUAAUUGGUUGUAGGUGGUUGUAUAUUUUAUUCCAUAUGCCUAGGACUCUAGGAGUAGGAGGAGACAGGAUGUUAGCAAGAGUUUCAAGAAUGAUCUAGUGAAGCAAAAUGUGCUUUAAUUUGUUGUAUUCUCCUUUCUUUCUAGUUAGUGUUACUAGUGUUACCCAAGUUGUGUUAUAUGCAAUUGCUAGGUCAAAUUUUGAAUUGUGAAUCUGAAGUGCAUAUAUAUGAAGGACUACCAGGUCUAGAGAAAGUAAGUGAAUUAAGAAUGGAGAGUUUGAAGAUGAAUGGGAGUGUGCGAAGCGAGGUUGAACUCUGCUUGGAAAGCAAGAGUCGUAGCAUUGUUGGUGGUUUUUUAUUUAGCAAAAAUGCUAUUGGGAUACCAAAAUCAGCUAUUAAAAUUAGCCAUCAAUGUAUUUGUGUAUAAAUAUAUGUGUGGUUUAAUUUAUUUUCAA